UCAUUUGCCAUUUUCCUGCAAAUUAGUUAGUUUUAUGUUUGAUUUUUAUUUUACAAUCGAGCUAUCUAAAUGCCGGCGACUGAGAUGUAAGCUGUUACAAGAGAGAUUCAGGUCUUAUCACAGAGAGGCGAAGACAGUGAUGUUCCGCCGGAGAGAUGCUGGAGGAGAUAAGAGGAGUCUCGCUCGUUUGGUCGGAGAAAGAAUCAAACAUGGGAGAAGAGGUAAGAAUGUGCUAUUUCAAAAAAAAAUGGAACGAUGUCAAUAUGUGUUGAGGGUGUUACUGUCUAUUCACAUACACAGUAAAUACCAAACUAGUGCGUGUCGAUGAGAGAGAAUGUAUUUGUUAAUGAAUCCUUGGUUCUGAUGUCAAAUCUAUUUAUAUAACGAAACGGUAUACGAGCUAAAGGCACUUCAAUUGGUUCACUCACUGUUGUCUGUGUAUCUCUCAUCAUUCUCCCACUACUCUCUCUAUACUAAAGGGUGAUGGCAGACCACUGUAAUUUAGUCAGUGUUCUAGGGUUACUUUUGGUAUUGACCCUCUUUCACAACCCGAUCACCGUCGCCGGACAGACUAUUCCGGCGGUGGGCUUGUUUACCUUCGGCGACUCCAACUUCGACGCCGGAAACAAACAGACUCUCGCUAAAGCUUUCGUCGCUCAAGGUUUCUGGCCGUACGGAAAAUCCCGAGAUGAUCCCUACGGCAAAUUCUCCGACGGCCUCAUCGCUCCGGACUUCGUCGCUAAAUUCAUGGGGAUUCCGAUCGAGAUCCCCGCUGCUCUUAAACCGAACGUAAAUGUCUCACGUGGAGCUAGUUUCGCCGUCGCCGAUGCUACUCUUCUCGGAGCUCCGGUGGAAUCUUUGACUCUGAUACAACAAGUGAAAAGAUUCAAUCAAAUGAAACCAGCAAACUGGAAUGAUGACUUCAUCAAGAAGUCGGUGUUUAUGAUAUACAUUGGUGCAAACGAUUACUUGAAUUUCACCAAGAACAACCCUAACGCCGAUGCAUCUGCCCAACAAGCUUUUGUCAUUUCCGUGACCAACAAGUUAAAGAACGAUAUUAGCUUGUUGUAUUCAUCAGGAGCGAGUAAGUUCGUGAUCCAAAACCUAGCUCCAUUGGGUUGCUUACCUAUCGUCAGACAAGAUUACAACACCGGGAUGGAUCAAUGCUAUGAAAAACUCAACGAUUUGGCUAAGCAACACAACGAAAAACUUGGACCGAUGUUGAACGAUAUGGCUAAAACCGCUCCUGGUUUCCAGUUCACCGUCUUCGAUUUCUACAAUGCCAUUCUUCGUAGGACGCAGAGGAACAUGAACUUCCGGUUUUCCAUUACAAAUUCAUCGUGCUGCGGAGUUGGGACACACAAUGCUUAUGGUUGCGGUUUACCUAACGUGCACUCGAAGCUAUGCGAGUUCCAACGGUCUUACCUAUUCUUCGACGGACGUCACAACACCGAGAAGGCGCAAGAAAUGUUCGGCCAUCUACUUUUUGGAGCCGAUCCAAAUGUUAUCCAACCGAUGAACGUCCGUGAGCUCGUGGUUUACCCAGUCGAUGAACCUAUGCGUGAGUCUUGGGAGCCUACAACGUCAACCACUGUCCAAGCCAGCGAUUCUAGCCGCGGUUAUGAAUUUUACUGAGUUUCAAAUUCAAAUCAAUCUUUAGGGAUCAAUCUGGUUUCUACAAGAGUAUAACCGUAUUAAAAUCGGAAUCUUGAUGUGUUUAGUAGUUUGCAACAUUUUCUUCUUUUUUUUUGUCUUUUUUUUUGCAGUUUUCUCUAGUGAGCUUUCCUCUUUAAUAAAAGAUUGAUCUUUGCAACUUUUACCACGUAUUGGAAUGAUUCGAAUGUUCA